AUGCGCUCCAUUUGGGGUUUAAUUGCAAUAGUAGGUGCUGCCACUUUUUACCUCUACCUACUGUCAGCGUUUUUACCACCUGGUCCACCUCGUUCACACCAUGCAGUGCCAGCACCAGGACCUGGAGAACCUGAAGAGGAUGACUCUGCACAUGAAGAGGAAGUGCUUAGGUUGCAAUUCCCUUCAGAUCUGGAGGAACUACGUGAUCUGGCAGAGCUGCUGAAGUUCUAUAAACGCCAGCACACAGGUUAUGUGCUGGUGCUUUUCUGUAGUGCCUACCUCUACAAGCAGUCUUUUGCCAUUCCUGGCUCCUCAUUUCUGAACAUGCUGGCAGGGGCACUGUUCGGCCCAUGGUAUGGCCUCCUCAUCGCCUGUACUCUUACAACGGUGGGUUCUACCAACUGCUACCUGCUGUCUCAUAUGUUUGGCAAACGCCACGUCAUUCGCCUCUUCCCUGAUAAAGUGGCCAUGUUACAGAGAAAGGUGGACGAAAACAAAAGCAGUUUGUUCUUUUUCCUGCUCUUCUUGCGUUUUUUUCCCAUGACGCCCAACUGGUUUCUGAAUAUCACCUCACCCAUCCUCAACAUACCCAUGUCCAUUUUCUUCUUCUCCAUCCUUAUCGGUCUGAUCCCCUACAACUUCAUCUGUGUGAGGACAGGAGCAAUCUUGUCGGAGAUCACAUCCCUGGAUGACAUCUUCUCCUGGAGAACUCUGCUGCAGCUGCUGCUUAUAGCAUGUGUAGCCCUCCUGCCCGGUGCCAUCAUCCGCCAUUACAGUCCAUCACACCUCAAACUCGAUGGCAUGGAACCCAACGGCCACAGCAAAGAUUUUAAGAAGCUCAACCAUCACAAAACCAGAUGACGAGCUUGAUACAGCAAGGGGCUUGAGCACGAGUUUUGCUGGAACACUGGAGAUUCCCAAAAGCAUUGCGCUGCUAUUACAAGUGUUUUACUGGAUGUAACGACUGUUUAAAAAGGACUCCCAAAAUGUGUUACACAAGAACUGCUUGUUGAUGGAGUCAUGAGAUGCACCGGAGUGACUGACACUACUAACUAAAAAGACUACCAAAAAACAACAUUAAUUAUAGCCAUCUACCUAAAUAUUUCUUUUCCCCCUGAUAUUACACACAUUGCUUUGCUUUUUUAUUUUGUAAAUGUCUGCACAAUUUGUCUCCCGCUGCUGGGGAUCCCCGAUUUUUUUGCCGUUGAGGAGGGUAUAUAGCUGCUCACGCCUCCUCCGACCUGCACGCAGCCCUUAAUGGAACCGUUUUCCACCCAUGCACUCUGCACAGGCGCAUCUAUCCGCCAAUCAGGGUCCUUACACAGCGUUUGAAGAAACAUAUUCCGGUCAUCCCUC